AAAAAAGAAGGGAUUAAAAUGGGCCAAUUCAAAAACGGCCCAUUACGGGCUUUACCAUCAACACUGUAAAGUGUAAAAUAAACCCCGAAACCCUAGAAUCAAAUUUCAUUGCCAUUUUGCAGCACCGCAGGAAAACCCUACUCCUCUUCUAUCUCGUUCCUUCAAGUGUGAAAAUGUCGGUGGGAGAGGUUGCUUGCAGCUACUCGCUUAUGAUCCUUCAUGAUGAACAAAUCCCUGUCACUGGUGACAAAAUUUCCACUUUGUUGAAAGCUGCAAAGGUUGAUGUUGAAUCUUAUUGGCCAAGCUUGUUUGCUAAACUUGCCGAGAAGAAAAACCUUGAGGAUUUGAUAUUGAAUGCCACAGGAGGUGGGGCUCCGGUUUCUGUUUCAGCCCCAGUUGCUGCUGCUGCCGCAACUGCAGUUGCUGCACCUGCAGAAGAGAAGAAGGAAGAACCCAAGGAAGAGAGUGACGACGACAUGGGAUUCAGCUUGUUUGAUUAGGAGAACUUUUAGUGUGAUCUAGUCUGAUUUUUGUACUGGUCAUGGAUAGUUACUCAGUUACUUGGUGGAUUUUCUUUUUGUCUGUCUAAAUUUUGUUUUGAUUCCAUUAUUAGGUCAAGAUUUUGUUUUGCUUUCUAACUUUAGAAUCUGAGUUUGUGCUUUUAACUUGAAAAUUUGAGUUGGCAUUAAUUUUUCUCUGAAUCAAGAAUGAAAAGUUCACUCUCCUUUGUGCA